AUGGUGACUAAUCUGAAUGUGUAUAUAAAUGCUCUGGAUGCAGGCAUGUUUCCUCUGAGUAUUCAGAGCACGGUGCUGUUGAAAUUAGACGACCUGAAAAAGGUACUUACAUCAUCCAACAGGACAAGCAACCUGUUCAUAUUCUGUGGAUCACCAAUGGACAUACUGGAGGUGAAAAAUGGCACCAAAGAGGCCGACAACAGUGAUAUUCUCUUCAUCCUUAUUGAUCUUUACAACGAUAUAUACUACACCAACACAACGUCACUGCCAUUCAUGAAGAACGUGUUGGUGGCGACUAUGCCCAACACCAGAAACUACACAAUUAACACAGACCUUAAAAACAACAACACGAUGAAUGAUUACAUGGCUGCUUACCACGAUGCUGUACUGCUGGUAGGCAAUGUGAUGAAGGACAUUAUUGCAAAAAAUCUAUCUGAGAUGCAGCAAAUGGAGUAUGUCAGUGCGAAUUACUCCAGAAACAUCUCCUUUAAUGGAAUUGCUGGAACCUACAAGUUGGACAAGCAUGGAGACAGGGACGUGAAUCUCACAAUCAUUUACACCACUACUGACAACAAGUAUAAAACUUUGUUCACAUUCAACACCGAGUACAACAUUACCAACUUAAUUGAGACAAACCCGUCCUUCAUCUGGGGAAAAAGACUUCCUAAUUUCAGACCAGACAGAGGCCCUGCAGCUCAUGACAUCCUCGUCAUCGUGUUGGCUGUUACAGUGGUCGUGGUGGCCACCAUUGCCUUCAUUUUCUACAGACAGAACAGGAGAGACCGCCUGUUCAGGAAGCGCUGGUCCCACAUCGCCUCUGAUCUUAUCACACUGCUGGAGAACAAUGAACUCAAUGUCAUCUCCCUUAAGAUUGAAGACGAGAGGAAAACCAUGGAUUUCAAGAUCCGCCGUGCGUUGUAUGAUAAGAAGGUUGUGAUUCUGAAGGAGCUGAAGCACUCAGAUGGGAACUUCAACGAGACCCAGAUGAUAGAACUUAAUGCACUCCAGCAAAUCGACUAUUACAACCUCACUAAGUUUUAUGGCACAGUGAAGUUUGAUGAGGGUGUGUUCGGGGUGUUUGAGUACGGAGAGAGGGGGUCGCUCAGGUAUGUGCUGAAUGACAAGGUUUCGUACCCAGAGGAGACCUUCAUGGACUGGGAGUUCAAGAUCUCCGUCAUGUACGACAUCGCCAAGGGCAUGUCCUACCUCCAUGCCAGUGAAAUCCAGGUGCAUGGACGCCUCAAGUCCACCAACUGUGUGGUGGACAACCGCAUGGUGGUGAAGAUCACAGACUUUGGCUGCAACACCUUUCUUUGCCCCGGCAGAGACUUGUGGACUGCUCCGGAGCACCUGAGGAAACAGGGCACCUCUCAGAAAGGAGAUGUCUACAGCUUUGCCAUCAUUGCUCAGGAGAUUGUUCUCAGAAAGAACACCUUCUACACCAAGUGCUGCUCCGACCGUGCAGAAAAACUGUCAAAGGUCAUCAUGUCCUACUUCAGACCUGAUCUUAACUUUGAGACAGCUUCAGAGAAAGAAUUAGAGGUAUACAUGUUGAUAAAAAGCUGUUGGGAUGAGGAUCCAGAAAAAAGACCCGACUUUAGGAAGGUAGAAAACUGUCUGGGGAAAAUCAUCAGUAAAAUUCAUAACCAGGACAAUGAGAGCUACAUGGAUAACAUGAUCAGACGGCUGCAGAUGUAUUCCAGAAACCUGGAGUACCUGGUGGAGGAGAGAACAGUCCUCUACAAAGCUGAGAGGGACAGAGCAGACUGCCUCAACUUCAUGCUGCUUCCUGGCCCGGUGGUGAAGAGCCUGAAGGAGACCGGCGUGGUGGAACCAGAACUGUACGAUGAAGUGACAAUAUAUUUCAGUGACAUAGUCGGUUUCACCACUCUGUGCCAGUACAGCACACCGAUGGAAGUCGUGGACAUGCUCAACGACAUCUACAAGGGAUUUGACAGCAUUGUUGACCACCACGACGUAUACAAGGUGGAGACGAUUGGUGACGCCUACAUGGUGGCCUCCGGGCUUCCGAAGCGAAAUGGGAACAGGCACGCGGUGGAUAUCUGUCGCAUGGCGCUUGACAUCUUGGCCUUCAUGGGUACCUUCCAGCUCCGACACCUGCCUGGUAUCCCUGUGUGGAUACGCAUCGGUGUGCACUCAGGUUCCUGUGCAGCAGGUGUUGUGGGGAUAAAGAUGCCCAGAUAUUGUUUAUUUGGAGACACAGUCAACACGGCAUCUCGCAUGGAGUCUACAGGACACCCCCUGCGGAUCCACGUCAGCCAGCCCACUAUAAAUAUCCUUCAGAGGACAGACUGCAAGUUUGAGUAUGAAAUGAGAGGAGAAACGUAUCUGAAGGGUAAAGGCACAGAGACAACCUACUGGUUGACAGGUGAGACGGGCGAAGAUUACGACCUCCCAACUCCCCCCACAACGGAGAACUUCCAGCGGCUGCAGCAGGACCUCGCCCACAUGAUCCUUGCCUGCCUGGAGCGCCGCUCUCGCCGCUCGGUCCGGAGAAAGAGGCCGCUCUCGAGUCAGCGCAAGGAGGACCACAACAACCAAGAAUCAGAGGUGGAGUCUGAGAGCGGCAAUCCUGAGUACUUGCAUCUUGCCACAGUGGAUAACACCCUCAGUACCUUCCUGUAGUACAGACCUACUGUAAAGUGCAUCCCCGUCACAACCUGACUGAUUACAUUGUUCUGUAAGAGAAAGCAGGUAGACGCAGUUGAAUACUACAAAUUACAAAACACAUAAUACAAAAUAAGAGCCUUUAAGACCUCAAAGUCUCAGUUUGGAAUGAAUGAGAUGGGCAAGGAUGGGAAAGGUGAUUGUCCAAUCUUUUUCAUUUCUUUUUAUUCAAGAAAAGGUAAGAAGAUAACAGGGCCACGACCUGUUUGUGUUAAAUGCAUAAGAUUCAUUGAUUGUUUAACUAUGUUCUUUAUACACUGCUUGGUCUAAAACUAGGUCAUCAACAUGAGAGGCAAGAUAUUGCCAUUAUUCCCAGUGGUUAUGUCUUUCACAUUUGUGGAGGGAAAUGGUGGGUACAUCUGUUGAUUUAGGAAGCAGGACAAUGAAGGAAUGAAUUAGUAGCAUAAAAAUAGAUCAAGCAAAUUAUUCCUA